AUGAGUGAAGUUCCAGACCGUGUCUACGGCACAAUAGAUCCCGAAACAAACCAAUCAACGGGAAUGGUUGAAAGACUCAUAAACUGUGUAAGAGAUAAAUCAUUCGAUAUAAUUAUUGUCUGCCAAUACAGUUACAUUUCUCUUGCACAAGAUGCCGAUCUUGCUGUGGCUGCUUUUACCAUCACGGCACUGCGAGAGACAUAUAUCAGCUUUACUAAACCUUUCAUGAAUACUGGUCUUGUAAUGCUUGCAACAAAGUCGACGCCGACUGAAGGAGGUUUGUGGUCUUUCUUGGAUCCAUUCGACUGCUGGAUAUGGAUAUGCAUUCUGGUGUCGUUUCUUGUUUGUGGUGCUUGCCUCGCUGUUCUUCAUCGGGUGAGUCCUUAUGGGAGGCGAACUGUUGAUCAUCCCGAUGAUCUACCCAGGGACCAGAGGCUGCAGCCUUCUUCUCUGGAAAAGUCUUACUGGCCGGUUGGUUCUUCUUCUGUCUCAUUGUAG